UUAAAUAUUUCGAAACUCUUAUUUUUACGUUCACGCAUUAAAAUUUUAAAUGCUUUCAUAUCGAGAUCGAAAGUUCCCAGGUGAUCGAAAUGAAUUGGAAGAUCUUUUAGGACAAUCUACAACUUUAUAUACUGGAAAUUUAUCAUUCUAUACAACUGAAGAGCAAAUAUACGAAUUGUUUAGCAAAUGCGGAGAUUUGAAAAGAGUCGUAAUGGGAUUAGAUCGUGUUAAGAAAACACCUUGUGGGUUUUGUUUUGUUGAAUAUUAUAUCAGAGAAGAUGCAGAAAAUGCUAUGAGCUUUAUAAAUGGAACCAGAUUAGAUGAUAGAAUUGUAAGAACUGAUUGGGAUGCAGGAUUUAUAGAGGGAAGACAAUAUGGCAGAGGAAAAACAGGAGGCCAAGUCAGAGAUGAAUAUCGAAUAGAUUAUGAUCCAGGUCGAGGAGGUUUUGGAAAAAUAAUGCAACAAAAAAUAAAUUACAAUUGAUUAGAACAAAUCCAUUUUUUGAUAAAUUUUAUUUAUUUAUUCUUUGUUAAUACUCUGGUAAAUUAUAACCAUAGAUAUAUAUCUGUAAUUAAUGUAUGAAUAAAAUUUAA